AUUGAUUUUACAGGAGCCAUAAUGGGCAAUAUUGUAAGGACGUCAACUAAAAAAGCACAAUAGUCAUGCAAAUCAACAUCUUGAAAAAUAUGAAUACAGGAACUGGACAUCAAGAUAUUUGGAAACGAAAAAUUUAAGAAAUGAGCAGAAUAACUGCUUCACAUUGGUAUGGCCAUUUACGCAUCACACUUGAAGAAGGUUUCAAAUGAAGACCAUUGAACCGUCUAACUAUCUAUCAUCGUUCAACAUCGGGACAUUUAAGAACGGUAGUUGGUCAGAACUACCGUUACUGACUUACGAAAAUGCUAGUGAUUGGGGACCUAAGCGAGAUCCUCUAUUUAUAGUGAUACCAUUCACAAUACUUUUUGGAGCCAUUUUCCUGAUUGGGCUGAUUGGCAAUAUUAGUACUUGCGUCGUUAUUGCGCGUAAUAGAGCGAUGCACACAGCUACAAAUUACUACCUCUUCAGUUUGGCGAUUUCCGACUUACUGCUGUUAAUAUCAGGAUUGCCACAGGAGAUGUACAAUAUAUGGUCCAAGUACCCAUACAUUUUUGGCGAGGCGUUCUGUGUACUGCAGGGUUUUGCAGCCGAAACUUCAGCAAAUGCUACAGUUUUGACGAUAACUGCAUUUACGGUUGAACGUUACAUUGCCAUUUGUCACCCGUUCCUGUCGCACACGAUGUCCACGCUAUCACGGGCGAUAAAACUAAUCCUGUUGAUAUGGAUGUUUGCAAUUUGCCUUGCAAUUCCACAAGCUAUUUCGUUUGGGAUUGUAUACGAAGAUGUUCCUGAAAACGUUGCAGUCAACGAAGACCAUAAUACGUGCAAUGUGAAAAGAAUCGUGAUACCUCACGCCUUUCUGAUAUCAACGGUUCUAUUUUUUGUGACACCUAUGACGCUCAUUACCAUUUUGUAUAUACUAAUUGGCCUUCAACUUCGCCAAUCUUCAGUAGGACCUGUACGUGGAGGAAGCGUAAAACUGAAACAUUUGGUUUACAAAAAGGCGUUAGUGACACAUACAAAUUCAACUCAACCACCUACUUUCGUAACGAAAGAUAACGGAACAACGGAUCUUCAGUUGUCUCCAGAAGACAAUCGAACAAACUGCUUGACUCCCGUAUCACAGACGUCGACUCAACACGUAGUUAAAAUGUUGGUUGCUGUAGUGGUUGCCUUUUUUAUUUGCUGGGCACCGUUUCAUGCGCAACGCCUUUUGGCCAUUUAUGGCCAAUCGAGUUCAUCACACAUGGUGGCGACCUUUACUGCACUUACAUACAUCAGCGGCGUUCUUUACUAUAUGUCGACGACAAUUAAUCCAUUACUGUAUCACAUUAUGUCGCAUAAAUUCCGUUUAGCAUUUAAGGAAACGUUCACUGGCUGUCUAUUCGUAAAAGAAGACCCUGCUACUUUGAGGUACUCUACAGGAUCUGUCCGAGGAUCAAUAGAUAAAGGAAAUCCCCUCACAGAAACCUCACUUUUUAGAUUAACAUCAGGCAACAGCCUACGUACUCACUUUCGAUACAAAAGGAAAGUCCAUAAAAACAGAAAUGGUGUAGUUUACUUGAACUCCGGUGUUACGAAGAACAAUGACUGUAAUAAAUAUGUUAGUUAUUUACAAAAUGGUUCAGGAGCGAGGAAUCAACUUAGAGAUUCAUUACUGUACAGGAAUGUUAUUGCGCAUUUAACCUCAGAAGACAAUAAUUGGAGCAAAGGUAGCGACUUAAGUGGGGGAUGGUCCAAUGAUUCCUCCACAGUUAUCGAAAUUCAAAAUAUGCUGCAGAAAAGAUGUAAUUCGUGUAAGUUGGCAAAUGGCGAUGAAGUGACUGAUAUAGAUUUAUUGCCAAAGUCUUUUACAAUGCCUAAUGUAAACACUUGCCACUUAAAACCUUAA